GUGUUUAUUUAUAGACGCCCCCAGCUGCCGCUCAAAGCGACAGCUGGAGGAGGAGGAGCUCAGGAAGUGAGGAUCGAGGGAGGGAGCAAGCAGCCAGAGCCAGGUGAGGGGAAGGGCUACUGCCUACUGGCCGGUGUCGAUCUUCUUGCAUCGAAGUGAGGCCGGAGACCUGGUCUGGGAGCGUGAGAUGGGGGAGCAGGAGAACAACAACGCCGGCGGCGGCAACAACGCCAUGGCGGUGGUGGACGAGGCGCCGGCGGCGGCCAAGGAGAAGGCGGGCCGUGCCGCCGGGGACCCACGCCUCCAGGGCAUUUCCGACGCCAUCCGCGUCGUCCCCCACUUCCCCAAGCCAGGGAUCAUGUUCAACGACAUCACGCCGCUGCUGCUGCGGCCGGCCGUGUUCAAGGACGCCGUGGACAUGUUCGUCGAGCGCUACCGCGGCAUGGACAUCGCCGCCGUCGCAGGUAUUGAAGCCAGAGGCUUCAUCUUUGGGCCAGCCAUUGCGCUGGCCAUUGGAGCAAAGUUCAUACCGCUGCGUAAACCUAAGAAGCUUCCAGGUGAUGCAUUUUCUGAAAGUUAUGUACUUGAGUAUGGGACGGAUUGUUUGGAGAUGCAUGUUGGAGCUAUUGAACCGGGGGAGCGCGCAGUGGUUGUUGAUGAUCUGGUUGCAACUGGUGGAACUCUUUCUGCUGCAAUAAGACUUCUUGAACGCGCGGGAGCUGACGUGGUUGAGUGUGCAUGCCUCAUUGGGCUUCCCAAGUUUAAGGAUUUUUACAAGCUCAACGGAAAACCAGUUUACAUUCUGGUGGAGUCCCGCAAAUAGGAACGUAGAAGAUCAGAAAAGCUUUCCAGCUUUUCCACCAAAAAGGCUCACAGCUUCAUUCGUUCGCAAGCGCAAGGAUGAAUGGCCGCAGACCGCCGAGUGAGAGCAGUGUAAACCGUGUGGAGGCCAAGCGGCUAUGUAUCUGCAUGGAGAGGGUGAGAUGGAUUGGGUGAAACGUUAGUCCUUGUAGCACGUCCCGUCUAGUGUUUUUUAAGUAGCCGUGACUGGGGAGAGUUUGUAGCUAUUCCCGCCGGGAACAUCAGUGUUAGCCAGAGAAUCGAAGGAAAAAGAACCAUGCUGAUGUUGCUCGGUUUUUUCUACGAGAAUCCGUACGUUUUCUGUGGUCAAUUCAGCUCGUUCUCGCUAAAGGCUGUUCAACAACAAUCAUACGUAAUGCCCGAACAAAGGACAUGUCUUUUGGAAAA